AGAAAUGACGUCUGCUAGUACGUUUGUAAACGUUGAAGCGGGUGAAGGGAGGGCGCUUGUGAUCGAUUGAAAUAAUGUAGUCUGCCGUGUUGUGCUUUUAAUGUCUGAUAAUAUCAGUUUGUUUGAUAAAUAUUUAUUGAUACUAUGUUGCAAUCUGAAUUGCUUCGAUUUUUAAUACAGACUGAAUCCGUGGACACGGAUAUUUUGGCGAUUCCAGUCUUGCAAGCCGAUACAAAACCAAAGGAGCCUAAUUUAGAAAAGUUAGCAAGUGUUUGCGGAGAUGACGGAACCGAAGAAAUCGGCUCACCCUUCACUUUCACGCCGCAACAAAUUCGGCUGAGCAAGGACCAUGAAAUGUUUGAAGAUGGCGACAUACACAGACAUUUAUACCUGCAAGAUGUUGCGACCACUUCAGCUGAGGUUUCUGAAACGCCAACGGUCUCGGCAUUCAGAUGUCACAUUGCGGGCUGCAGCCAGCUGUUUGACACGCUGGAAGGAUACGAGCACCACUACAGUUCCCUCCACAGGCACGUGUGCUCCAGCUGCCGGAGGUCUUUCCCUUCCGACCGCCUCCUGGACAUCCACAUCCUGGAGUGGCACGACUCCUACUUCCAGAUCAUGGCAGAGAAGCAGAGCAUGUACCAGUGCUUAGUAGAAGGAUGUGAUUUGAAGUUCAAGACCAGCAAGGAAAGAAAAAAUCAUUUGAUCAAAAUUCAUCGUUACCCUCCUGACUUCAGAUUUGACAGAUCCAAGAAGAGUAAAAGCAGGACGCAAGAGAAGACUCCGCCGAAGAGCGCCGCGAGCGACGCGGGCAUGGAGGUUUCCGUAGCGACGGAUGCCGCGGCGCGCGAGUCAGAACCCGGGGAGUCGAUGGAGUUCUGUGCCUCCAGCGAGCACGACGGCCAAAAAAAGGAGGAGCAGCCAAAACCGCGCUAUUCUUACAGGGUGCCGCACACCAUUUGCUUCGGUCAGGGCUCGACCCGAGGCUUUAGAGGCAGCAGAAGGAAGAAGUAGACCAAAGCGUUUUCUGCAGAUGAGUGUUACCCCCCCCCCCCCCCCCCCCUCCACACACGCUCCCCGUAUGUCCACUGGUAGCGGUCCCCAGGGCGUGGUGUGAAGUAUUGUGUUUUCAACAAUAAAAUCAUGAAGUGCAUUAGGA